UGAUUAGUCAUAAAGAGCCAGAGACAGAGAGAGAGAGAGAGAGAGAAUCAGUCAUAGCGACUCAUACUUCUCAUUGUCUGCAGUCUCAGCUAAAAGGAAACAGUAGACAGUAAAAACAAUGAUGAGUCUUAAAACGGUCAGCCUGGUUAUUUUUAUUAGUAUCCUCCUUCUCUGGACCCAUUGCCAGGCUGCUGGAACUGGUAAUAUUGCUGUGGACUGCUGCCUUGAUGUUAGCCAAGCCAAAAUUCCUGUUCAUAUUAUAAAGGACUUUCACCUGCAGACUACAGAUAAUGGCUGCCAGAUACCAGCAGUGGUGUUUAUUACUAAGAAAAACAGACAGUUAUGUGCUCCAGAUAAAUCAUCCUGGGUACUCGAACUCAUGAGGAAAGUGAAGAGAAAUUGUCAGAAGCAAAAGAAACCAUGCCAAGCCCUGAAAAAACAGGCAUAACAAUCGACAUUGGCAGCACUUCAGGAAGGGAAACGUGGCCGAGGUCUUGUAGGAAGACUUUGUCUCUUCUGUCUUUCAUCUUAUCUGUCUCAGGCACAGUAUACUGAUAUAAAACUACAAAUGUGAAUCUAAGAUCAAACAAAUGGCAUAUACCUCCCACGGGCCAGGAGACCAUAUCUUGCAAACAUGGAAUUCUGCAGGGAAUUUAUCCAGCUAUAUAAAUGGUUAAAUAUUCCUCACAUGAUGUGCUA